UUUGUUUACCUUUAGAAGUUGCAUUGUAUGUUGUUAUAUUGUACUAGCUUUAAUGUUCAUUCGUGGUGUUAACACAAAUUUCAGCCUAUUGUUUAUAAUCCGGACGAAUUUUAUAAACCAACAUUAUUGUAGUCAAAGUUAUUUAUUGAUUUGAUUUUAUUCAUUUUUGAUAAUCAAAACAAAUUUUUAAAAAUAAUCAGCCAUCACAGAUAUUAUAACAAAAUAAAUUACAUUAUGUCAUUAUGAUCAUUAAUUUUUUAUUGUUUAAUGUCAUUUUUUAUUCCUUUAACAUCUAAAUCAGCAUAAUAAAAUUAAAACGAAUAAACGUAAAAGUUUUAAAAAAUGUCGACAAAAGCGGAUAGCUCACGGAACGAUGCCAGCAUGGGUAGUAUCGGUUUCAUGAUAUCGACUCCAGAACCGACAGUGCCAACCGGUAAACCGAGUUACAUGAAGAACAAAUUCAGCGUCCUCAACAUCAUCAGUUUCAUCCUCUUCAUAUUGGUACUAAUAUUCGUACUCGUAAGUCUCGUAUCUCCAUAUUGGAUGGUUAUGAGAGAACCGUGGAUCGAAAGGCUGUUAGUACCGAAACAAUUUCAAAUCGAUCCGGAGAAGCACAGUGCCUGGAUCGGCUUGUACUCGGCUUGCAACACCGAAAAUAAUUGUAAUUCGGGUACGCCCUACGAGACUAAAGGUUGGUUUAGGGCAGCCCAAAUAACUUAUGCCAUGGGAUUCGUCAUAAUGUUAUUAGCCUUCGUUGUACAAUGCAUGUACCUGUGCUGCCUCGUUUACAUCAAACUUCCAAACUAUAAAAUCAUCUUUAUCGUCGCCAUCAUCCUUCUUAUUGGCGCCAUCUUUUGCAGUGUUGGGCUUGGACUAUUCGGCUCAAUGACGCUCACCGACGGACUCCUAACUCCGAUGAGUUUGAACGGGCCGGGCGGUGUCCUCACCUGGGCUUUUUUUCUCGGUAUAGUCGGUACAUCACUGGCCGGAAUUACGUCAUUAAUCUUUCUCAUAGAUGGCAUGGUGCAAGCCAAGAAGGCUGAAGAUAAUGAACCGGUAUCUAUGUACAUGUCUAAGACGAGCAAUGCAUAAACCUUUUUUUUUCUUAAUUUUUAAUUUUUACAUUUUAAUUGCCGUUUCAAUAAUAAUAUUUAACAGCGAUAUUUUUUAUUUUGUUUAUAUUUCUGUACUGUAGAAUUGUUGUAAUUAUAAAAUAAAUUUGUGUGUAUAGCUCAGGGGAAAUCACCAUCAAAUUAAUCAUUUUUUAAUAAAUGAAGCCCCCAGUUU